AUGUUGUCAAAAACAAUAAGACAUUUUGCUCGACGUAGUUUAUCAACUGAUGUUUCGUCUUAUGCUCGAAUUUUGGAUGGAUUUCGUGGAUGUAUUGGAAAUACACCUUUAAUUCGUUUACCAAAAUUAAGUGAAGAAACUGGUUGUAAUAUUCUUGUUAAAGCUGAAUAUCUUAAUCCAGGUGGCUCAAUUAAAGAUCGUGCUGCUUUAUUCUUAAUUAAAGAUGCUCUUGAUAAAAAUUUAAUUAAAGCUGGUGCGACUAUUGUUGAAGGUACAGCUGGUAAUACAGGUAUUGGAUUGGCUCAUAUUUGUAAUGCAUUGGGUUUUAAAUGUGUUAUUUUUAUGCCUGAUAAUCAAUCAAAAGAAAAAAUUGAUAUAUUGCGUGUAUUAGGUGCACAAGUAACAACAGUUCCUGUUGUUCCAAUUACUGAUCCGAAUAAUUAUAAUCAUCAUGCUAGACGGUAUGCUGAAAAACAUGAAAAUGCAGUAUGGACAAAUCAAUUCGAUAAUCGAGCUAAUCGACAAGGUCAUUAUUGUACGACAGGACCUGAAAUUUGGGAACAGACAAAUGGUAAAGUAAAUGCUUUUGUGAUGAGUACAGGUACUGGUGGAACUUUAGCUGGUACUUGUAUGUAUUUAAAAGAAAAAAAUAGUAAAAUUAGAACUGUACUUGCUGAUCCACCUGGUAGUGUUCUAUAUAAUUAUAUUAAAUCGGGUAAACUCGAUCGAACUGAUGGUUCAUCAAUUACUGAAGGCAUUGGACAAGGUCGUAUAACACAAAAUUUACAAGAUGCACCUAUUGAUGAAUCAUUAUUUAUAAAAGAUCAAGAUACUGUUAAUAUGGUUUUUAGACUUUUAUGUGAAGAAGGAUUUUUUGUUGGUGCUUCAUCAGGUUUAAACGUAGCUGCAGCUGUUGAAUUAAGUAAAUCAAUGCCUAAAGGUUCAACAGUUGUUACAACCCUUUGCGACAAUGGACAAGUAAAUAUUCAUUUGAAUAAAAUUAUUAAUUAA